AUGUCGAAGAUAUCUAAGGUCAACCAUGCGGCAGGCAUCUUUGCUGACAUAUCCGUCGAUGGCCCCAUUAUCGGUACAUUGGUCGCUAUCAUCGACCGAGCUAAGAACCUACCCAACCGGAAGACUAUGGGCAAGCAGAAUCCAUAUGCCGCAGCACGAUUGGGCAAGGAAGCAAAGAAGACACAAACAGACUUGCGAGGAGGCCAAACUCCGCGAUGGGACUCGGAGCUCCGAUUUACCGUACAUGAAUCCCCUGAUUACUUCAAAUUAAAGGUUUCUGUAUUCAAUGAUGAUAAGAAGACCGACCUGAUCGGCGAGACCUGGGUCGAUUUACAAAGCUUGAUCAUUCCGGGCGGAAGCCAGAACGAUCACUGGCACCCACUUCAAUAUCGGGGGAAGUAUGCAGGAGAAAUCAGAAUCGAAAUGACCUACUACGAUACCAGACAACAAGACGAGGUCCUAAUUGGACGUCGACAAGAAGCUGCUGACCGGGUCCAAGGCAAAGUCUCCACUACUCCAAGCAAUACGGGUUUGUCUGGUCCUCGGCAAUUGAAAGAUGUCAAACGACGACCCUUGCCCAAUGGUCCUGCAGGGCCUCUCCCCAGACCAGCUCCUCCGGAACAAGCUCACUCUGCGCCUCCACUUCAUCAUCCGGCCCCGCCGAGACCUGCUAUUCCUGAACACUCAAAUACACAACCAGGUGCCCAAGAUGCUCUCUCUUACGCCCCGAGACAUUCAGAGCCAACCUACGAUGCGUCACCUUAUCGCGCACCUUCUCCUGUCCCGCCUCCAUCACGAGGUGGGUAUGAUGGUGCUGAUAAAUACACUCAAGAAUGGGAUGUCCCAGUUGUUGCUCCUCCCCGCAGACAACCCACCCACGAACUGCCGCAUGUCUCCACUGAAGUUAUUGAACCCCCAUAUGACUCACGUCUACUACAGCAGCGGCAACAGCAGCAGGAACAUGAACAGCAACAGCAACAACUGCUCCAAAGGCAACAACAAGAACAAUUGCUGCAACGGCAACAACGGCAACGACAACUACAGCAACAACAACUAGAGCAGCAAAAACUGGAGCAACAACAACAACAACAACAACAACAACAACAACAACAACAACAACAACAACAACAAAUGCAGCAGCAACUGCAACUGCGAAAUUAUUCCGAGUAUGAUCAGCCACCUUCGAGAGACCAUCGCUUUGCCAGGCAAAAUCAGUACGAGGCAGAUCUUCAUGAGGAAGUGUCAUACAAUUCUGCACGUCAAAGUCUCUACGCUCAACUAGAGCAACCCAGAUACGAUCCAAACCCUAUGUCGCAUGGAGCAACGCAUCCACGCGACAUACCUACAUCAGAUUUUAUGCCUUCUUUAGGGCUAGUGGAUGACAUGAGGUACCAUCCACAAAGAGUUCGACCUCUACAAAUCACUGCUCAUGGUCAAGACUACCACCCAGAGUAUGCCGGAAUGCAACCGCGAGUAGAGGAUGAAGACGAUGACGGGCCGCCCCCUGCUCCACCAGCACACCGAUCACGAAGGCCGCACUCUCAGCUGCCCACCCCGAAAACAUCACCCCGCCCUUACGCAUCAUAUACACCCCAAUCUAGUCGAUCCUCAAACCCCCAUCUACCAUCGAGCAUAUCUACCUCGUCCCGCCGUGACCGCUACCAGGAGCCUUCUUCAAUGGGGAAGUCCCCAGCAAUGCCUGCAAGCCUCGUCGCAGGUUAUGAGGCGGAAGACUCAUCUGACAAAGUAGCACUCGAGCGAUCAGCCCACAGACGCAGCACCCACUGGGAUGAUGAGAUGAUGAUUUCUCAGCCGCCUGCACCAAUUCCGGUAUCAGCACCCGUCCACUACGAUGCUCCUGUCUAUCCUCUGCGAACAUCGCCCCGGCCUAUUGAACAAAGACCCACUUCUGGCAGAGGUGGGUCUGUCAGCUCUGAUGUGCGGGCUGUGACCCGGAAGUCAGUCAGUCCGCGGCCCUCUUCUUCGGAUAUCCGUGGUGGCUCUUCAAUUCCCUUCUCUCCCGACUCUUACAUCUCUUUAAACCCAAAUGCCUCUCAGAAUCCCAACCGAAAUCCUUCCCCGGCAUACGACUCGCCUUCGCAAGCUAGGGAUGCCGUGAUUCGUGGACAGACCGAACCCCAUCGAGACAUAGAGCACCCAAUCAUCGGGGAUGAUGGUCGUGAGAUUGACCCCUCUGACCAUCUUCCCACCGACACUUGGGCGCCCGAACCAGAAAGGAAGAAUCGCAAACCCGGGGUUGUCAUCCGCUUCAAACACUCGUCUCGGCCAACUUCUAGAGGCGACGACCCUCUCUCAUCACGCAGCAUAGGCCCGCCACGCGUUGGAUUUAGAACCGAGACCACUACCCAUCCAUCGGACCGCCCAGUUCAGCACACACCCACUCAGGUGCACGUAAAUCCAGGGGCACUGGUUCGAGCUAAACCUCGGCUGGACUACGCGCGUGAGCGCUCUGAUAGCUAUUCGCACAGUCGGCCCUACAGCAAACCUACUUCAUUUGACCGGCCGCGCUCUUCCCGUAGCUCUGUUUCGCCAUCUGCGGGAUCUCAUUCGCCGCUCUAUGACUACAGCGCAGGUCCCCCGAUUCCAAAGAAGGUGCCAAUCACCGGAGGAAGUGCAGGCUACCCCGUCAUGUCUGGCAAUUCAAAUGGCAAUGGCCGUAUGGAUGCCCUGAGUCGAGAGCUGAGUACAAUUGACAUUGGGUCUGCGGCGUGUAGCCCUGGCCGAGGGGCCGUUCGGAAGUACGUACCAAGACAACGAGCUUCGAUGGGCUACGCCAGGUAA